UUUAUAUAGGAUUGGAUGUUGACAGUUUAUAUGUCUCCCUAUGUGAUAAAACAGCAGAUAAAACAUUUUAGAGAUUCAUGCCUUGUGUCCAUCUAUAGAAAUUGUCAAAUACUUUGUAUUGUUUGUGUAUACCUAACCUUGAAUAGCUGGAUAUGUGACAAGCUUCUAUGUGUUUGAACACUUUCAGGAUAUACCAUACAACAUUACUGCUGCUGACCUUUUAUAACCUUGUUACCCAUGAUUCCACAUUCAAGAUGUCAGCUACCUAGGAUAGAGAAAACUGUAUUGUGUGGUUUGCAGGAGAAGACUUGAUUGUGUUGACAACAUAUGGAACAGACUGCUUCUAACUCUUCAAAUCCUGGGACUGAAGAUAUGGAUGUAGGUGGAUUGAGUGUAGAAGAUUUUAUUGCUAGUGGCAGAACAGGUAGACGGAAUGCCAUGCCUGAUAUACUCGACUCCCAGCAUGCGGCAGUCGGAACGGGUGGUUUGGCAGAGGGUAUGGAGAAACUUAAUUGCUCAGACAGCAGCAAAGGCGGUGAUUCCUCACAGAAUACUCAAAAUCCUUCAUCUAGUCAAGGUUCCUAGCAGUAGGCUGCAAUAUUCCUCAUACAUCAUGUGAUAGUCAUGUGACAUUUAUGGCAAUAGUUGAUUGGCUGGUCAGCUGAGGCAGACAGUCUUGUGUGAUAUAACACUAUAGCUGAUUGGUUAAUUGGAUUUAUGUUUUGAUGAAAAAGACAGUAGCAGAAUGGAUGUCAAUUUUCCAUGUGAUACAAACACUACAGCUGAUUGGUCAUUUGGAUUUCCAUGUGAUACAAGGCAAUAGCUGAUUGGUCAGUUGGUGUAAUCUGCUUGUAAUAACUUUUCUGUGGAUUUAUUCUUGCUUUUAGCAUUUUGUUUAUAUAAGAAGUUGUAAAUAGUAAGUGCUUAAAUCUCUUGCAUGCAUAGUUUAAUUUAUUCUUUCUGAGGUCUCAGAAACAUUAUUAUUCACUAUAGCAACUGAUCAGAUGGGUUUUUGUUUUAUAUUUUGUAUGAAUUUCACCCCAGUAUAAAGAAUGUCUGUUAUCUCAAAGUUGGACUCUACGCAAAAUAACAAAGCUGUAAAAUUAGCAUAUAUAAACAGACCUAAGUACAGCCGCUGCUCAAUCCUCAUGACGCCAGAAUGGCCAGAUGCCAUGUUACAUCUGCUGCUAUCAUGGUUGGAUAAAUGGAUUAACACCAGUUUGAUCAUGCAACUCUUCCUCUUCUGAUUGGAUGAUCAUAUGACAGUUAUUCCUCUUUUUGAUUGGAUAAACAUAGUGUAUUUGAUCAUGUGAAAAUUAUUUCUCUUCUGAUUGGAUAUGUGUAAUGAUUCUUGUAAUGUGACUUGUGCUUAAUUCCAGAUUGGAUACACUUUUUAUGAUGUGUUUAAAAAUGUAACAACUGCCUUUCAUUUGGUUGAGAGCAAAUGCAUUGGUCCAGUGGCAACGCUGUUUGACUAUGAAAACAAGGGUCGUGAGUUCAAUUACCCACUUCUCUAACACUGGAAAAAGAGUCCCAUUUAUGGGUGCUUUAAAUCUGGCAUUCAAAGGAAGCAGGGAAGCUUCUUGUAUUGGAGUAUCUUUGGUAUCUUGCACCAUCCUCCAACUAUAACUACCAACAGUCUUCUGGAGGAGUCGCCUGUAAUUAUAAUAUUUCCAAUAGCAACAAUAAAUAAGCUUACAUACAAACAAACCACAUGUUUGGAAAAAACUGUUCAUCAGAUUAGUGAUCAUUUGACAACACUCCUGUUUUGACAAAUGGAUGCCUCAGCUUUUUUUACCUAAAAUAUUCACAAAGAAUCAACACUGACAGCUUUGUGUUGGGGACCUUACUGAGUGUUAGCUCUUUAAGAUGAAGUUGUAUUCAAGUGCUUUAAGCGUUGAAAUUUGAUCUGUGUGAUUAUCAUGAAAAAAGUGUGAGAUAUAGUUGCCAUCAUUUUAUGUCUUUUUUUAACAUUGUUACAUGAAAUGCAUAUCUCUGAUAGUUAAUUUUAUUCAUUGUCAUUUUAAGAUAAACGUAUACAAUUCUUCUACAGUUUGAUUUUACUUGACAUUUUACUGUAUAUUUAACAUUUAGAUUUUAUAUGAAUAUCAAAACUAUGCUUGUACAAGUAUUGUGUCAUAUUUAUUAUUCAAUAUGAUCCGUUAGUAAUGUUAAAAGAAUCAUAAUGAUCAAAAUGUAAAUAAAAAAUUUCACAGCGGCAUCACAUGUGAAUCAGUAUAACAUUAAAAAGUCUGCAUUCAUAUUCUACCUGAUACAAGUUUGCAAUAUAUAUAAAAUAAAUACAAAGCAGCCCACCCCGCUUAGCUCAGUAGGGAGAGCGCAGAUCUAAGGAUCAUGGGGUUCAUGUUGGGAAGUUGGCAGUUACUUUUGGAGAAAUGGUUUGUACUGGUACAGAAUCCAGGAACACUGAUAAGGUUAACUGCCCGUCGUUACAUAACUGAAAUACUGUUGAAAAACUGUUAAACGGCUUUAAACCAAAAACAGACCUAUUGCAGUACUGUACCUAUUUGUAUUUUUACAAACAAAAGCAUCAAAUCUGAAUUUCUUCUAGUUUUUCCCUUUUCAUGUUUGUGUUGGGUACCAGUUUCAUAUCAUGCAUCUGAUCUUGAAUGACACAGCUUCAUUCUGAGAUUGGUCUCCAUGC